AUACAAAAUUUUCUUAUUCAAAGCUUAGUUCUGCUCAAUUAAAAAGACUUAACGAUGAACUAUCAGCAAGGUCUAAGUGGAAGGUUGAUCAAAAAUGUUUAUGUAUACGUAGUUCAGAAUGUGAAAUAUAUACUGACCAAAUUGAGCGA